GUGCGCUGUGUCCCUCGGACACGGCGGAUCACCGAUCACGGAAAGAGCCGAAGAUGUCGGCUCGGUCAUGUGAUCCGCUGUGUCCAAUCGCAGCUGAUCACAUGGGACAUGUACACUGAUCAUCAGGGCACUGAUGAUCAGUGUGCCCUGAUGAUCAGUGUGGCCCCAGAAGUGCCACCUGUCAGUGUCCAUCAGUGCCUUAUGUCAGUGCCAGUUCCCAUCAGUGCCACAUAUCAGUGCACACCAGUGCACAUCAAUGCCACAUAUCAGUGCCCAUCUGAGCUGCCUUUCAGUGUCACCUAUCAGUGCCAGUCAGUGCCACAUAUCAAUGCCAAUCAGUGCCACAUAUCAGUGCUGCCAAUCAGUGCCACAUAUCAGUGCCAGUCAGUGCCGUCUCAGUGCCAGUCAGUGCUGCCUAUCAGUGCGCAUCAGUGCCGCCUAUCAGUACGCAUCAGU